GCGUUUUUGAACGAGCCUCCAGUGAUUUCAGAAGAAGGCGAAAAUAGACAUAACAAGUAUGCAUCGCAGUUCCACGUGGCGGAUAUCGAUGCCUCCAAGCCUCAUCUUGCUCCAAGUGGCAUUAGCACCUGAUGAUAAUAAUACAGACAACGUAGAAAGAAAACCAGAAGAGCAAGAAAAUUAAGAGGAGCCUCAGAGUUAUGAACUCGAGAACUCGUCUUGAUUAUGCAGUCUUUCGGCUUACCCCUACCAGAACCAGGUGCGAUCUGAUCAUUUUCGGAGGCAAUGCAAGCGAAAAAUUAGCUUCUGGAUUGCUGGAACCAUUCGUCUCUCAUCUCAGCUUCGCUAAACAUCAGAUUUCUAGAGGUGGUUACUCCAUUAGUCUCCAACCUUCUCAAAUUUCUCCUUGGUUCACAAAAGCAACUUUAGAAAGGUUUGUGAAAUUCGUUGGCACGCCUGAAGUUCUUGAGAGAUUCGUUUCGUUAGAGCAAGAGCUUGCUCAGAUUAAAACUUCUGCUGUAUCAAAUGAAUCUAAAAAGUCUAAUGGCGGUUCAUAUGGAGCUGAUAAUGCUAUGCAAGAUGAAAAUUCCAAGGAUCAUCUUAAGCAUGUUCUGGAAUCUCGAAAAGCUGUACUCCAGAAAGAAGAGGCAAUGGCUUAUGCACGAGCUUUAGUAGCAGGAUUUGAGAUGGAUCAUAUCGACGACCUCAUCUUUUUUGCUGAUGCUUUUGGAGCUUCGCGUUUAAGGGUAGCAUGUCUAAACUUCAAGGCAUUAUGCAAUAAAAAGAAUGGUGAUGGCUUGUGGAGGAACGACGUACCAACAAAGGAUGAUGAAUCUAGCCCAGCAUUCAUGAUUAAUGCUCAGGAGGGUAGGCUCUUUACAAGGAAACCGACUGAACCAAUUGAUGUAUCAGCACCAAAAUCAACUGCAAGUCAUGCUAAUGUUGACAAUAACCAAGAUGCAAAGUUGCAAAUACUACGGACAGAUCAACUUCUGCAGUACAUGCACAGUUUUCAGUACCCUGCAUUUUCUCAUAUGCCUCGGUAUCCUGGAGAUCAGUACCCUGGUAUUCAGGCCUCUAGGUAUUAUGCAGGACAUAUGUCUGGGACCCGGGACAUUGGAAAUGAUAUCCUGGGUCUUGAUGAAGGCCACAAUCAUAAAUAUUCUUCUAGGACAAGAGUAAGGUAUUUACGUGGUAAAUCAUCACGGGCUGCAGAACAAGAGGGUAACUGUGUUACCAGUGAUUCCAGUUCUGGGAGUGGUUCUUUAGACAAGUAUGAGAAGUAUGGGAAAAGCUACCCUUCAACUAAGAAAAUUCAUAUGAGAAAAUAUAGGAAGAAGUCUUUAAGAAAGGUCAUUAUUAGAAACGUCAAGUAUAGUACAUCUACGAAUGACAGGGAGGGGGGCACUUCCUUGAUUUCAUCCGAUGAGGAUGAAUCCAUCAACGUAAAUUCCCUUAAAGAAAAGGAGCAGGAAGCUGCUGGAUCAUCUACGAGACACAUUGGAUCAAGUCAAAGUCUUGAAAGAACAGAAGGAAGCAAGAGUAAUAAACAUGUACAUGGACAAGAUGAUGUUUCAGCACAAGAAACUGGCAGUGCAGGUUUUAAAGUUUCUGAAGGGGAGAAAAGCAAUGUGAACUGGGAUACCUUUCAGAAUCUUUUGAUGAAGCAAGCAACUUCGAGGUCUAAUGUUAUGGAUCCUCAGUCUCUGCAGAAAAAAUAUCUUACAACGAAAAGGCCAGGUGAAAAAUUGUCAUUUGCUUCUAGAUUGGAGCCUCACGAAAGGUUAAAACAUGGUGGGAGGGACAAAGUUUCUGAGUAUGAUACGAAAGCUUGGAAUCCUGAGAUGGAUCAUGGAAAUAGUAAUCUACUUACUAAAGCCGUUAAAAACCACACCCUUGGUAAGCCAAUUAGGUCUGUUGAUGCUAACCUGGCAUCUCAUGGUAAGCAAGCCACAAGACCAGCCAGUGGAGCUCAUGAAAGAAACUACACUAACAAGGAGACAAAAUCUAAUAUGUUAACCUCUUCUUUUAGGAAAAGAAUGUCUGAGAUUAUAACGAGAAGAGAAAACCCUGGUGGAAGCAGAACUUUUGUUCAUAAGAGCAAGCUGGACCAGGAAGAAGAAAAAAGAAGGAGAAUGGAAGAAUUAGUGACUCGUCGCCAAAACAGAAUUGCUGAAAGAAGCUCGAGCAAAGGUAUGAUCACUUCUAAGUCAACAAAGGAGAUUUUACAAGAGAGAAAGAAAACAGGCACUGAGUCCAUGAUGAAACAAAAGGUAAAUGUCCGAGGUUCCUCUUCUGGUAUUGAUAAACCGCAAAAACCAAUCUUUAGGAGUUCUACCAUUGAUCGUCUGGCUGCUUCACGGAUAACUCAUGAACUCUCUUCUGGCAAACAUGGAAGGAACAACACAAAAGGAAGUGAUGGUGAGAUUUUUCCAUCUGAUAAGACACCUAGAGUUGGAAAUAAAAAAUUAAGUAAUGCCACAAAGAAUUCAGAAAAAAAUAGAGGCCAAGAUGCAUCAAGUACUUUAUCUUAUCCCGCAUCUAAAACCCUGGAAAAGAAGGAUAGCAUGACAACAUUGCCACAAGACUUCAGUACUUUGGGUAAAACUCAACCUUUUAAUAAUUUUAGGAAAUCUGAUAACUCUGCAGAGUUGUGCAUUAAAUUGUCGGUCGAGAAGAGUAUUAGCAUAAGUUCACAAGGCAAUGCUUUUGACGAGAAUGGAGGCACUGGCACAUCAAGAAUUGGAAACUUCAAAGUGCUGACUGAUAGCCAAUCUGAAAAAUCAGAUCAUAUGAAAGGUGACAAUAAGAUAACACCAAAGGCACUUGAUGUUCAUGAAAAGAAGAGAGCUUCUAGCAACUUUGGCCAAGAAAGUUUUGUUGAACCUAUAAUUCCUCAUGAACAGAUAUAUACUACAGGUGAAGCAGAAUUUUCAGUGAUGGAAACGUCAACCCCCUCAUCAGAGAUUUAUUCGAGGGCAGAGCCACCUCCCUCUAGAAAGAAAUGGGAGACUGCUGAAGAUUCUGUCAAGGCUAAACAAGGGUUCAGAAAACUUUUGUUGUUUGGUUUGACAAGUUGAAACUAUCCUUUGAAUUUUAUGCAUACAGUUAAUUUGUUAUGUGA